GCGACUGAGGCCUCAAAUGUCAUUCACAUAUCGAAACACACAAAAAUGCGAGGGGAAAAAAGGGGAACGCCUCGCUCAAUUCCCCUCCACAAAUUUCAAAAAGGUGUUAUCCGAAAACUAUUUCUUCUCCAAUUCCUUCUUCUUCCCCUCCGUCUAGUUGUUAAUCCUCAGGAACUUGAAAAAUCAUGCUAUUAAAUCUCUCUUCCACUUCCUUCUCUGUAAUCAAAUUAGCGAAUUCGAAGUCCCCGAUCCCAGAUUUUUCAGUGAAGUCCAGAACCCACUUCUCAGAAUCUUUAUCAUCAUCAUCAUCUUCUUCUUCUUCUUCUUCUCUAUGCCAUUCCUUCUCUUCGUCGGAUCUCAGUUUCAAGACCAGACACAAAAUCUUCUGGGAAAAGAGCAGAAUCCCAUGUCGGAAGAGUGCCGAUUUCAGGCUGUGGGCUUUCGCCGGACUCGACAUCGGAAGUGCUCAGUCCGUACUCGAGGCGGCGGCGGUGUUGACAGCCAUCAUUGUCGUUCACGAGAGCGGUCACUUCCUCGCCGCCUGUCUCCAGGGCAUCCAUGUAAGUAAAUUUGCAAUUGGUUUUGGUCCAAUUCUUGCAAAAUUCAACAAAAACAAUGUAGAAUACUCCAUUAGGGCUUUUCCUCUCGGUGGAUUUGUGGGUUUUCCGGAUAAUGAUCCAGAGAGCGAUAUUCCAGUCGACGACGAAAAUUUGCUCAAAAAUAGACCGAUAUUGGAUAGAGUUAUAGUAAUUUCUGCUGGUGUUAUCGCCAAUAUAAUCUUCGCAUACAUAAUUAUCUUAAUUCAAGUCUCAUCCGUCGGUUUGCCGGUCCAAGAGCCCUUCCCCGGCGUGCUCGUGCCGGAGGUUCGAACUCUUUCGGCCGCUUCCCGCGAUGGCCUACUUCCGGGCGAUGUGAUUCUGGCCGUUAAUGGAAAUGAGCUGCCAAAACUGGGUUCUACAGCAGUUUCUGAACUUGUUGAUGCAAUUAAAAACAGCCCCAAAAGAACUGUGCUUCUCAAGGUUGAAAGAGGGAAACAGGAUAUUGAAAUUGGGGUCAUCCCAGAUGAGAGUUUUGAUGGAACAGGAAGAAUUGGGGUUCAGCUUUCACCUAAUGUGAAGAUUUCUAAGGUUGUGGCAAGGAAUUUGUUGGAGGCUUUUAACUAUUCUAGAACGGAAUUUUUGGGUCUGUCAUAUAAUGUUUUGGAUAGCUUGAAACAGACUUUUCUAAAUUUCUCUCAGUCAGCCAGUAAGGUUUCUGGUCCUGUGGCUAUUAUCGCUGUUGGUGCAGAAGUUGCAAGGUCCAACAUUGAUGGGCUCUAUCAAUUUGCAGCUGUGCUUAAUAUUAACCUUGCUGUUAUAAACCUUCUGCCUUUACCUGCUUUGGACGGUGGUUCGUUGGCUUUGAUCCUCAUUGAGGCUGCAAGGGGAGGGAGGAAGCUGCCUCUAGAACUCGAGCAGCGAAUCAUGUCGUCUGGGAUCAUGCUCGUCGUACUUCUCGGGCUAUUCCUCAUCGUCCGGGACACGUUAAACCUUGAUUUUAUAAAGGACUUGUUAUAGUAUGGGGAUGCUCGGCGAAAGGUUACUGUUGGUGUAUUAGAUUCAGGGCAAGUAAACUCUGUUAAAUCUGUAAAUUGCUUGACUUGUUGAUGAUUCUAGUGUUGGGGUUGUGAUUUUAGAGCUCAUAAUGCUUUCAACUUUCAUGUUGCUGGAUUCAACUGUGAGAGUGAGAGAUAAAUGGAAUCCUAUUCUUAUCAGUUUUGUACUCCCUUCAAAUUAACAAGUCAAAUAUACAAAACAGCUUGUUUUUGUGUAUC